ACUCCAACACUUCUAUAUCCACCUUGCGCGCAAUCGAACGUGAACAUGUCGCCGCGAGGAAGUUCACCAGCUGCGGUUGAUUUGGACGAUCUUUUCAAUUACGAUGUCGGUUUGGAUGAGAUCGUUCCAGAUCAUAAUGUCUCUAAUACCAACACAAAGCCCUCUGGAACUGGAGAUUCUGCACUUGGUUUGGGCCUUGACGAUGAAGUCAAAAUCACGAAGAAACGACAGCCUGUGGCCAAACUAGAUGAGACCCGUUUACUUUCACAACCGGGUAUUCCCAAGCUGCGGCAAUCUGCGAAACGGAAAUUGAGAUUCAAAGGCAAAGGACAUGAGUUCUCGGACGCCGCGCGCCUUCUGAACUUCUACCAACUAUGGCUUGACGAUCUAUACCCACGCGCGAAAUUCGCAGAUGGCCUCACAAUGAUUGAGAAACUCGGACACUCGAAACGCAUUCAGGUCAUGCGACGAGAGUGGAUAGAGGAAGAGAAGCCAAGGCUUUUCGAUAACACCGGGCCAACGCGAGAGGAGCUCGAAAAUCCACGUAUCCCCAGAACACCAGCCAAAUCCAAUGAUUCUCCAAACCCGAAUCCCCAAGUCCAAGAAGGAUCUGCUGAAGAUUUGUUCAUGCCAGACAACGAGGGCGCACGGCCUACAACUAGUUACCCAGAACCCGAGGAAGAUGAUCUAGAUGAUCUCCUCAGAGAUGAGCCAAUGACUGAUAUUCUUCCUAACCUGUCUACAUCAUCCUCGCGGCCGGCGGAUUUGGAUGACGAUGACUUCGAUGCCGAGUAUGAAGUGAUGAAAGACCUUGGGAUGUAA